UGAGCAGACCAAGUCAUCCUCCGAUAGCCGAGAUGGUCAAUGAGGCCAUAUCAACUUUGGAUGAGAGAAAGGGAUCAUCGCUCAAAGCUAUUAAGAAGUACAUCGCCAGUGUCUUCGUGGCCGAUCACGUCAAGAGAUAGCCGUCUACUGCCGUCUACAUCAAGAAGUAUCUGAAGACUGCCGUCAAUAACAAUGUCAUUGUGCAGACUAAGGGAACCGGUGCUUCCGGCAGUUUUAAGCUAGCCAAAGUUCAGGCCGAGAAGCAGCAGCAACGGAAGGCUUCAACUCUAGACCGCGUGAAGCAAGGGACAAAAGCUGGCGCAGAAAGGAGGGAAAAAUCAGCUAAUAGAAAAAAGGCCGUCUCGCAAAAAUCAGAAGAGCCAAAAAAUGCCAAGAUUUCUAAAUCUCCAUUGAAAGCUAAGAAAGCUGCAAACAGUGCAAAAUCCAAGAUGCCCAAGCAGAAGGUCACGUGUACAACUACUGACAAAGCGGCAAAGAAGGUUACAUAA